AAAUUCUCUUUUUUUGGUAUAUAGAUAAUAUACAUUUUUAUAUAUAUAUCCUAGUUACUGCUUUUUACAUUAUUUUUUCUUGUUCCUUUCUGUUGCACCAACAACAUUCUGUACAACCAAAAUUCCUGUCAAAUUUUUUCUGCACAAGACGGCAUUUUGCAUAAAUUUUAUAGAAAGUCCAUUCACCAAAAACGAGAUCAGUCAAAAUGGCAAUUCAUGUCAUUCCCGGAGAAAUAUCCGUAUUCACUAUUGCAGUGGCGGUCAUUAGUGGAUUUAUAUUAUUCUUUGGAUAUAUAUCCAUGUUCCUGAAAGAAAAGCUUUUUCUGUCUGAAGCACUGGUGGCAGUCAUUGUUGGUAUUAUAGCGGGUCCUUUGGUUUCUCAUGGCUUUGAUCCCAUGAGUUGGCCUGAACAUGAUGAAAUAACCAAACAAUUGACAAGAUGUAUCAUAGCCAUUCAAGUGAUGGCUGUUGGUAUUGAAUUACCAAAACAUUACUUGAAGAAAGAAUGGCUCACCAUGUUAUGUUUAUUACUGCCUACCAUGGUAUUCAUGUGGCUCGUGAGUGGAUUAUUUAUAUGGGCCUUGAUACCUCCCAUCAAUUAUUUGGAAGCGUUAGUGAUUUCAGCGUGUGUUUGUCCAACCGAUCCAAUUCUGGCGAAUUCAGUUGUGAAAGGAAGAUUUGCCGAAAAACAUGUACCAGCUCACAUUCGAAAUGCAUUAUCAGCAGAAAGUGGAGCCAAUGAUGGUAUGGGCUUUCCAUUUCUGUUUCUAGCCAUCUUUUUAAUUGCAGAAGACAAUGUAGGAACAGCGAUUGGAAAAUGGAUUUAUAUUACAUGGUUAUUUCAGAUUGUAUUGUCGUGCGUCAUUGGUGUCAUUGUAGGUUUUGUUGCGAGAAAAGUAUUACAAUGGUCAGAAAGAAAUCAUUUGAUUGAUAAGCCAUCGUUUUUAGCCUUUGCUAUUGCUUUAGCGCUUUUUCUGAUGAGCAUGACAGGUUUUUCAGGCAGUGAUGAUUUAUUGGCUUGUUUUGUGGCAGGAAAUGCAUUUUCAUGGGAUGACUGGUUUCGACAAGAGACAGAAGAAGCUCAUUUCCAAGAAGUCAUUGAUAUGAUGCUCAAUUUAUCCAUUUUCGUUUAUAUUGGCGCUAUCAUUCCUUGGUCUGAAUUUGGUAAUCAAGAGAUAGGUUUGACACCAUGGCGUCUCGUGGUGAUUGGUAUCCUCAUUCUCCUUUUCCGACGUCUUCCCAUCGUCAUCUUACUAAAGCCAGUGAUGCCUGCUUUAAAGACCUACCGAGAAGCCGUCUUUAGUGGUUGGUUUGGUCCGAUGGGCGUGGGGGCUGUUUUUCUAUCGAUCAUUGCCAAAGAAGAGCUCAGUGCUGCUUAUGAAGGAAAAGAAGAGCCUGUGUCCGUCCGUCUCAUUGCGCCUGUCGUCCUCUUUAUUGUCUUUUGCUCCGUCAUCGUCCACGGGACCACCAUUCCUCUUUUCAAACUCGGUAAGCGUAUUCGUACCCGAACACUCUCCAUCACCAGUAUCAGUAGUAAUCAAGUGGUUCGACUGCCCAAGUUGUCUUCCCGCAAGAGUGUCGACGAAAAGUCCACCAUGACAGAAUUGGAAAGAAACACAUUGUACAACACCAAUCAAUAUGUGGAGCCUUCGUUGCUGCUGGGUCCCGCAAACGUCUUUACUAGCACAAGUCCCGCCACGACAGGUCAUCUGAAAGAAAAGCACUCACAAAUAGCGAUUGAUAUGCCACUCCAAGGACAGCCUUAUCAUCUCCAUCCCACACACUACCCGCACCCGCACCCUCCUCCUCCUUCACAGCAACAACAUGAGAAAGAGGAGGAACAUGCCUCUGACUCGGAUUUGGCUGAAGAAGACUUUUUACCCGACGAUUCGUCCGAUACCGUGGAUGUCCCCCUACAACACCCAUCACCGUCGCAUCCCUUCGCACCAACAACCCAUACACUACACGUACCCUUAUCCGAUGCGGACGAUCUUCGAAGAGGAAGUAUGCAUUCUGAACAAGCCAUUCGAUUUGUCGAACCUGUCAAACCACGGUUGACGGUGCAACAACAACAACAACAACAACAACAAUUGAACGCGGAACGAAAUGAAGCAAGUGUAUCUAGUUUUCGCAGUUGGUUAUCUAGACAGCAAAAGGAACCACAAGGAGAUCCUUGUGUGGAAGCCGACGACGAGAUCAAACACACAACAACAGUAGCAGAAGAAGCAAGGCAAGCUCCUGGUGUGGCUACUUCAGCCACCACCAGCAGUAGCCAUCUUCUCCCUCAUCAAGGCUUCAUGAGCAUCUUUAAACGAAACGCAAAAAAAAGAAAUAGGGCAGAGAGUGAACAGGAGGCCAUCCCCACGACCCUCGUUACAGCAGACGACGACGACAAUGAUGCAGACGAUGGAAAUGAUACUUGCAGUAGUCAUCAUAGCAGUACCGUGAUCAUGACCCUGCCGCCGUUGACCUCCUCCUCUGCCACCACCCACGCAGAAACCCAUCGAGAGCAUCAGCAACACAGGCAUCAACACAAGGGCAUUCAUCCACGUAUAGAAGUGUGGGAUGAAGGCAAUCAUGUAGUGGUGUCCGAUAAACUGAAUGAUGUGCCUGAAAUCAUUGUGGAUAAAAAAUUACACGCUUCCAAUUGGAAAAAGAAAGUGCAAGAAAAGAUGAAACAGAUUGAAAAAAAUAUAUCGACAAAACAAACACUUCAUGAUCAUGACCAUGAUCAGCAGCAAACUUAG